UGGCGCCGUCUUCGGUCUGUUUGGACCGCUCAGCACUACGACUCCCAGAAACCCUUGCGGUCUUUCGCUUGUGCCGUUCGAUAAUAUGGCGUCUGCUUGAAAGCGCACAGAAAACGCAGUGUUUGUUGACAAGUCACCUAAUUUAAGAUGGCAGCUGACUCCACAGACAAGAAGGAUGCCGAAGCCUCUGCCACCAAAGACAGAGAGAGGAAACGCAGCCGGUCAAGGGAGCGGGAACGUAAAACAUCACCUUCACGCGCCCGCCAUCGUUCUCGUGAACGAAAGCGCUCCAAAUCCCCAGAAAGAGACAGACGCAUGAAAGACAAGGAUAGAGACAAAGAGCGUGACAGAGAUAAGGACCGAGACAGGGGCCGAAAGGACAGGGACGGCCAUCGACGUGAUAAAGAUCGUGGCAAGAAGUCCAGAAGUCCCUCUCCCAGAUCAAAGGAUGGCAAAGGGAAGAGAGAUAGGGAUAUAAAAACAGAGGAGGAAGAAGAUGAAAAAAAGAAAAAAGAGAAGGUCCAACCUUUGUCUUUGGAGGAGCUUCUUGCCAAGAAGAAGGCAGAAGAGGAAGCAGAGGCAAAGCCCAAGUUCCUUUCAAAGGAAGAGCGAGAGGCCGAGGCUCUGAAACGGAGGGAGCUACAGACGGAGGACAGGAGGAGGAUGUUGGAAGAGGAGAGAAAGAAAAGAAGGAUGUUCCAGGACAUGGGCAGAAAAAUGAUGGAGGACCCCCAGGAGAGGGAGAGACGAGAGCGAAGAGAGCGAAUGGAACGAGAGAACAACGGGAAUGAAGACGACGAUGGACGACAGAAGCUCAGAGAGGAGAAGGAUAAAAGCAAAGAGCUCCACGCUAUCAAGGAACGUUACCUGGGCGGGCUCAAGAAACGUCGGAGAACUCGUCAUUUGAAUGACAGGAAGUUUGUGUUUGAGUGGGAUGCUUCUGAAGACACGUCAGUCGACUACAACCCAAUUUACAAAGAAAAACAUCAGGUUCAGCUUUACGGACGAGGCUUCAUCGCUGGUAUCGACUUGAAGCAGCAGAAGAGAGAGCAGUCGCGGUUUUAUGGCGACCUGAUGGAAAAGAGGAGAACACUGGAGGAGAAGGAGCAGGAAGAGGUAAGACUGAAGAAGAUGCGCAAGAAGGAGGCAAAGCAGCGCUGGGACGACAGACAUUGGUCUCAGAAGAAGCUGGAGGAGAUGACGGACAGAGACUGGCGUAUCUUCAGAGAAGACUACAGCAUCACCACCAAGGGAGGAAAGAUCCCGAACCCCAUCAGGAACUGGAAGGAGUAUUCGCUGCCUGCACACAUCCUGGAGGUCAUCGACAAAUGUGGAUACAAGGAUCCAACACCUAUCCAGCGGCAGGCCAUUCCUAUUGGUUUACAGAACCGUGAUAUCAUUGGUGUUGCCGAGACUGGUAGCGGUAAAACGGCUGCUUUCCUGAUUCCACUGCUGGUCUGGAUUACCACCCUGCCAAAAAUUGAUAGGAUUGAAGACUCUGAUCAGGGUCCAUAUGCUGUGAUCUUGGCCCCGACUCGUGAGUUGGCGCAGCAGAUUGAAGAGGAGACCAUAAAGUUUGGUAAACCGCUUGGCAUCCGCACGGUGGCUGUGAUUGGUGGAAUCUCCAGAGAGGACCAGGGCUUCCGUCUCAGGAUGGGCUGUGAGAUUGUGAUUGCCACCCCCGGACGUCUGAUCGAUGUGCUGGAGAACCGGUACCUGGUCCUGGGUCGCUGCACGUAUGUUGUCCUUGAUGAGGCUGAUCGUAUGAUUGACAUGGGCUUCGAGCCCGAUGUCCAAAAGAUUCUGGAGUACAUCCCGGUGACCAAUCAGAAACCUGACACCGAGGAGGCGGAGGACCCUGAGAAGAUGAUGAUGAACUUUGAAUCUGGAAAACAUAAAUACAGACAAACGGUCAUGUUCACAGCUACUAUGCCUCCAGCUGUGGAGAGGCUGGCAAGGAGCUACCUGAGACGUCCAGCUGUGGUUUACAUCGGCUCUGCUGGUAAACCUCACGAGAGAGUCGAACAGAAGGUCCUGCUUAUGUCAGAGGGAGAGAAGAGGAAGAAGCUGCUGGAGGUGCUGUCGCAUGGCUUCGAGCCUCCUAUUAUCAUCUUCGUCAACCAGAAGAAGGGUUGUGACGUGCUGGCCAAGUCCCUGGAGAAAAUGGGGUACAAUGCUUGUACGCUGCACGGUGGAAAAGGCCAGGAACAGAGAGAGUUUGCACUCUCCAACCUCAAAGCAGGAGCCAAAGAUAUCCUUGUGGCCACAGACGUUGCUGGUCGUGGUAUCGAUAUCCACGACGUCUCCAUGGUACUUAAUUAUGACAUGGCCAAGAACAUCGAAGACUACAUCCAUCGUAUCGGUCGUACGGGUCGUGCUGGUAAGAGCGGUGUGGCUAUGACUUUCCUCACCAAAGAGGACUCAGCGGUGUUCUACGACUUGAAGCAGGCCAUCCUCGAGAGCCCCGUCUCCACCUGCCCCCCGGAGCUGACCAACCACCCGGACGCUCAGCACAAACCCGGAACCAUCCUGACCAAGAAGAGACGCGAGGAGACCAUCUUUGCCUGAUUUACCACACAGACUGGACUGAACACGCACCUGAGUUUCAGACUGUUUUAUCAUGUUUCACCUCCACAUUACAUUCAGGAUUCGAUCUGCAGAUGACUCUUUUGUUCUUUUUCCAUAUUGUGUCCCAUUCUGUCAGUCUGUUUUCGUCUUUUGGUAGAAAUGAACACAGAAACCCUCACCACACUGGUUUUGGGACUGUAACCUCAGUUCAAAGAUGUGUAAACAUGGACUCAGUGGUAGCUGUUUGUUUGCUUCUAUAAACUCCUGCCAGAUGCUGAUGAUGUAACUGAUCUGCACUGUAUAAAUGCUCCUCGUCAGUUAUCAGAUGUGAUGAAUAUCAGCUAGGAUGCAAGUGUAGAUGAGUAGUAAGUGCGAUGUUGUGCAUUUUUGUUAAUUUUCUGUCACCAUAUUUUGAGUUUCCUGACUUUAAAAGAGACCAAUGCCAGAAGUGACGACCAUUUCUUUUGCUUCACGUGCAAACUCUGACUAAAUCCAGUGUUUUAAAUAUAAACCUUUGUAUGAAGUGAAUACAGCAAAUUUGACAACA